AUGUUGGGGUAUAUGGAUUAUGUCCAGAAGUCGUUCUACCGCGCGACGAAGUGGGAUGAGGAUAACUCAUAUGCGAAUCUGAAUGCUACGGCGAGAGCACUACUGGACUUUCAAACUCCGAAGGGAUUAAAACUCAAUAUCUCUUCUUUGUCAUCCCCAAACUUUGCAACAUCAUACAGCCUAGCUAGCCUAGGUGUCGUCGAUGGGUCGGUUUCGUAUUUAUAUUCGUCACGGACUCUGGAUAAUGUACGAAAUAGUGGGGACGUGGAACUUAAGGACGCUAUAUUCGGAUAUCGGGAUUUGAAGGAAAUAGUGAAGCCAGAUGUUUCAAGAGACUGGGAAAUAUGGCAGGGAGGUGUUAGAGUUGAUAGAAGAGACACUCUCCUUUACGGUCGAAUGUAUCUUCCAGCAUCCACCCUCGAAGCUCUAUACCUGCGCCGGCUGGCACCAACCCGACAGCUAAGGAUAGCGGCCGUCAGCAACUCACGUCUCCCAAACGGCGGCACCAUACUCGCGCUCCUUCAACAGGAUAAUGGCAAAUAUUGUUCAGAAUAUCUAUACUCCACGGAUGUCGCGUUAAUCGGUAUACGUGGUCUCUACAACUUCGGCUUUGAUCCCCGAAAGGCUCUACCACAUAAUUCCGGGAACGGGGCUGUUGAUUCUCGAAAGAUAGCAGGGAGGUUUAGUGCCGGUGCAGAGCUUUAUUGGGGGUUACUGAAUAAAAGUGGUGGCGUAUCCACUGGAUUCCGAUAUACCACUCUACCAUCGAAUACUGGGUCACCGCUUACUAUGACUUUGACUAUCAAUCCAAUUAUUGGGCACUUCCAGGCAGCGUACGCUAUCAAAGCGGGAAAGGGGGCAGUGUUUUGCAGUCGGUAUGAUUUUAAUAUUUACUCCUACGAGAGCGACUUGGUGUUUGGGUGUGAAAUAUGGAGAAGGAAACAACAGCAAGCCACGAGAAGCGAAACAGAGAUCGAGGAAAGUUGGCAGCAGCAGAAUGGGUUUACGACUGGCGGAGAGAGGGAGGAUGAUGUUACCGGUGUGCUGAAGGCGAGGAUUACUCAGAACUUCAAUAUUGGGUUACUUUGGGAAGGGAGAUUUAAGCAGUUACUAUUUAGUAUAGGAUCAAACAUCGAUCUCAAACGGCGAGACCAACCCUUCAGAACAGUGGGUAUCGAGAUACAAUACAAUUCUUGA